GUGCACCAGCUAGUAAUACUCACCUUCUUCUCAUUUCUCAACCUUCUUCUUCUUCUACAACAAACAUCCUUGUUGUUUGAGAAAAAAACCCGAAGAAAAUGGAAGAGAUUAAGUCCAGAUUUCAGAGGAUUUGUGUGUUUUGUGGAAGCAGUUCAGGGAAGAAAGCUAGUUAUCAAGAAGCUGCCGUCCAGUUAGGCAAGGAAUUGGUGGAGAGAAGGAUUGAUUUGGUGUAUGGAGGUGGAAGCGUGGGAUUGAUGGGUCUUGUUUCUCAGGCAGUUCAUGAUGGUGGGCGCCAUGUUCUAGGUGUUAUUCCAAAGACCUUGAUGCCUAGAGAGAUUACAGGUGAAACUGUUGGAGAAGUAAGAGCUGUAUCUGAUAUGCAUCAAAGAAAAGCCGAAAUGGCACGACAGGCCGAUGCCUUUAUUGCCCUCCCCGGUAUGAAGGAAUGUAUAUUUACGAAAUCAAACGCUGUGUUACAGUUGCAUAUAAAUUUACGCAAUGUGUUAUCAAUCUCAGGUGGAUAUGGAACCCUGGAAGAACUACUUGAAGUUAUCACAUGGGCUCAGCUCGGAAUACAUCGUAAACCUGUAGGUCUAUUGAAUGUUGAUGGAUAUUACAACUCCUUGUUGUCUUUCAUCGAUAAGGCCGUCGAUGAAGGCUUUAUUUCUCCAGCAUCACGUUGCAUUAUCGUGUCUGCCCCAACUGCCAAACAAUUGGUCAGACAACUAGAGGAGUAUGUUCCCGAAUACGAUGAAAUAACAUCGAAAUUAGUUUGGGAUGAAGUCGAUAGACUCGGUUACGUGUCGGAAUCUGGGGUUGCCACGUGAUAUAUCACCUUAUCUCGGCUAUGUAUAUAUGUUUUCCUGUGGGGAUUUUGGCUCCCAAGUAUAUAUAUAUAUAUACGGUUGUGAUACAGUGUAAGCAGUGAAGCACAGGCCGGAGCUUUUUGGUGGAAUUGGGAAGCCGAACGGAUAGUCACAUGAAAAGAUUUUAGUGUCACGUUGCUCUUCUGUGAAGAAAUCAUCAUCAAAUUCACAACUUACUAACUAAUACUAGUUUUUGUUUAUAUCAACUAUUAAUUCUUUAAGCGUUUCUCUCAAUAUAGUUUUAUUUUAUCUAAGCAAAAAUAUAUUUACAUUUUCUUUUUGUAUGGUCGGUGAAAAAACAAGAAUUGGACAAGUUGGUCCCAUAUAUGAAACACUGCCUUGUACUAAUUUUAUUUACUUGA